GACGUAAUCGGGGUCCUUCCUCGUGUGGCUCCGUGAGGGUCAUGCAGUCAGUCUGAUCUGUGUUAUUAUUAUCGUCAUUAUUCCCCCGGUGUGUUUCUCUCGUGUCGUGUGUUUCUCUCGUCAUGAUGGGCGCCAGUAGCUCCAGGAUCGCGGCGGGUUUGGGCGCGGCGCUGUUCGUCGGUUACUGUGUUUAUUUCGACAGAAAGAGGCGGAGUGAUCCAAACUACCAGAACAAACUCCGAGAACGAAGAAAAAGGCAGAAGGCAUCUCAGGAGAAAGCUGGAUUAUCGAGGUUACCGGACCUGAAAGACGCUGAAGCGGUUCAGAAGUUCUUCCUGGAGGAGAUCCAGCUCGGAGAAGAGCUUCUGGCUCAGGGAGACUAUGAGAAGGGCGUGGACCACCUGACGAAUGCGAUCGCAGUGUGUGGUCAGCCUCAGCAGCUCCUGCAGGUCCUCCAGCAAACGCUUCCUCCUCCAGUCUUCCAGAUGCUGCUCACUAAACUACCCACCAUCAGCCAGCGUAUCGUCAGCGCUCAGAGCGUCAGCGACGACGACAUCGAAUAGCAGGAACUCCAGCGGCUCUAUGACAUCACUUCCUGUCUGCCCUUUCCCUCCACCGAUCCAA